GGCAGCCGGCGUGCGCGCCUAGGGGCUGGGGGCUCCGCUUCGACCGCGCUUCCCUCGUUCGAUCCUGGGCAGGCAGCUUCGCCUAGAACAACAGCUCCAGCUGGCAGAAUCACCUCCUGAGAUCGCAUCUCACUUGUGCCAAGGCUCUGAAAUGCCAACUAUGUCGAGGCCUGCACUUGAUGUCAAGGGUGGCACCUCCCCUGGGAAGGAGGAUGCUAACCAGGAAAUGAACUCCCUGGCUUACUCUAACCUGGGGGUGAAAGAUCGCAAAGCAGUGGCCAUCCUGCACUACCCUGGGGUUGUUGCUAACGGAACCAAAGCCAGUGCGGUUCCCACUAGUUCCUCUGGAUCUUCAUCUCCUAUAGGCUCUCCUCCUACUACCCCUCCCACUAAACCCCCUCCCUUUAACCUGCACCCCUCCCCUCACCUGCUGGCCAGUAUGCAGCUGCAGAAGCUCAAUAACCAGUAUCAUGGGAUGGCUGCUGCUGCCCCUACCCCAGGCCAACCUGGGGAGGCUGCGCCCCAGCAAAAUUGGGGUUUGGGGGCUCAGGUGGGAGGGGCAGGGUCAGCCUCUCAUUCUACCGGUGCCCAGAGUCCUGCAAUUAUUGAUUCGGACCCGGUGGAUGAGGAGGUGUUGAUGUCACUGGUGGUGGAGCUGGGACUGGAUCGAGCCAAUGAGCUGCCGGAGCUGUGGCUGGGGCAGAAUGAGUUUGAUUUCACCGCAGAUUUUCCCUCAGGCUGCUGAUGCCAAGUAGUGCCCCUAAAGAUGGAGGAAUAAAGCCACAAAUUCUGUUGUAAAUAAA